AACACACUGAAGAAAGAAAGAAAGAAAAAGAAUAUAAUUAAGGAAAAGAAGAAAAUGGCAGCAGUAGAAGAACCAAUACUCUCUAGGCUUGAUAGACUUGACAAUAUUAUAAAAAAAUUGGAGGAAGUUAGAGGAGGUGAUCAUUCCCCAAAGACAUCAACAGCAUCAAGCGAGACAUUAACGAGCGACGGGCAAGUUUCGUCGCUCGAUUUCUCUCCAAGAAGUAUGGAGAAGCAUUGCCGGCCUAUAGAAGACGUGAUUUCGGAGACUGAGCAUAAGGGGACACUCAUUGAGAGGCUGGUGAAUGUUGAGAACAGGGUGUUGAAUGUGUGUUUGCAAUUGGAAGCAGAGUUGGAGAUGAUGAAGAAGAAAAAAGAGGAGGAGAAUUUUAAUUUGAAGAAUAAAUUAGCUCAUAACAAGGCUAGUUUCAAGAGCUUUGUUAAGUCUUGUGUUAAAGGGACAGGAAUAGGGAAACAUAAACAAAGAGACUGAAAUUUUGUCGGAUUCCAAUGAAUGUAACUAUGUAAAAUUUCUAGUUUUUUUUUUCCUU